GUGAGACAGACAAUGGUGGAAUGGUCAAGAAAGUGAAGUCCAGAUGUCGUGGAUUGAAGUUCGGACUGCUAUGAUGGAGUUCUGGCAAGAUCAUUCUAAGGACGGGUCUAUCGAAGAGAUGAUGCUAGAUAACAAUGCCGCUACCAUGACAGAGGAAGAACUUCCGGAAAUUCUGUCCUACAUCCCAAACGUGUCCGGGAAAGAUGUGGUGGAACUUGGGGCCGGAAUAGGGCGAUUCACGAAGGAGUUAGCCAAGGAUGCGAAAUCUGUUUUAGCGGUUGAUUUUGUGGACAAAUUCAUUGACAAAAACAAACAAGAGACUUCCAAAUUUGGGAAUGUUCAACAUAGAUGUGUUGAUGUUACCAAAUUACAGCUUCCAAAAGAGAGCACCGAUUUCGUUUUUUCCAAUUGGUUGUUAAUGUAUCUACAAGACGAUGAAGUGAAGAAUUUGAUCAAAGAAACCCUUUCAUGGCUUCGAGAGGACGGCUACCUUUUCUGUCGAGAAUCAUGUUAUCAUCAAUCAGGGAACAAAGACAGGAAAGCAAAUCCCACAAAAUAUCGAGAGCCAGGAAUGUACGAGGCUCUGUUCACUUCCUUAGAAAUUCCAACAGACAACAACGAGGAGGUGUUUGGAUACGACUUGGUGCUACAAAAAUCAGUAGACGCGUACUACAAGCUAAAGAACAAUAAAAACCAAAUAGUUUGGUUAUUACAAAAAGUUCGACGAACGAAGAGCAGUAACCACGGUUACCGGACCUUCCAAGAAUUUCUGGACGAGAAGCAGUAUUCAGUAAACGGGAUCCUUAGAUACGAGAAAAUCUUUGGAAGAACUUUUGUCAGCACAGGAGGGUUGGAUACUACAAAGGAGUUUGUGGAUAGAUUGAACCUCAAGAAAGGGGAAGUUGUUUUGGACAUUGGUUGUGGAAUUGGUGGAAGUGCAUUCUACAUGGUCAAAGAAUAUGGCGUGAAGGUUGUGGCAAUAGAUCUGUCUUCAAACAUGAUUAAGAUCGGUAUGGAGCGAGCGGAAGAGAUGGGAGUCUCGCUGCUUGACGUUCAGUUCGAGGUAGCAGACGCCACAAAGAGAAUGUACCCCGACAGUUAUUUUGAUGUAGUGUACAGUCGUGACACCAUUCUCCAUAUAAAGGACAAACUGGACCUAUUUAAAAGAUUCUAUAGAUGCCUAAAACCCGGUGGUCGACUGUUGAUCUCCGACUAUGCCUGCAGUCCAGAUGAACACUCGGAACAAUUCAAGGCUUACGUGAAGCAGCGAGGGUACAAUCUACUGUCUCCAGAGCAGUACGGGAAGGUCUUAGAAGAAGCAGGAUUCGUCAAUGUAGAGGCAGAUGACAGAACAGAUCUGUUUGUUAAAUCAUUGGAAAAGGAACUGGUCAGGACGGAAAAAAUAAAAGACGAAUUUGUUGGGGAAUUUUCUCUCAAAGAUUAUAAUGACAUUGUUGGAGGUUGGAAAGACAAAUUACAAAGAACAGCGGCCGGAGAUCAGAGAUGGGGAGUGUUCUAUGCAGAAAAACCCGUCCAUUGAGAGUGUUCGAUUAAUUCCAACAUUUUUCAAAACACUUAAGAAUUCCAAAUUUCAACAUUUUUAAAAAACAGACACUCAGCUUAGGAGCUUGUUUUUGUAUGGUUGUGCCAAAUGUUCCAAAAUUUCCUGCAUCAAAAAGAUCUGUAUUACCGCGUGGUUGGGUAAUGCAGGGUUGCUUUGCUGCAUUGUAACGGCGUCAACAAAUUUCAAAUAUUUUGACAUAUAGCAUGGUAUGCUAAACACUAUUUUUUGUUUAUUAUUUCAUAAAUAAGCAAUAAAUUUACCUUUGUUGUAUUGUUGUUUGUUUAUUGCAAGUUAUAAUAUUUUCAAUGUUUAUAUUAUUGGUACAUGUUACAUAAAAAUAAAAUUUUAAAAUGACA